AGCACCCCCACUUUUUGAGAGCAUCUGGAGGAAUUUUCUCUGCGCGGAGCUGGUCCUGACUUACGAAGCGGGGUCCUGAACUUGCCAAAACAGAAAGGAUGAAGCUCAGUUCGGGCAGGAUGCCCCUGGGGGUGAAAUCUGCCUUUGUCUUGGCAGUGGCUCUUCUUUUUCAAGGUGUGACAUGCAUGAGCAUUCGAAGCACUGCUGCAACAAGCGCCCCUGUAUCCCUCGGCGUGGCUAAUCCAUCGGUGGCCGAUGACCAUGAGAAGGAGGAGACCCUGGAUGAAAACGAGCUUGAUGCCGAUGAGCCUAAAAUGGAUUCUGACGAGGCCGACCGUGAUGACGACUCCCUGGAAUACGAUGAGACUGUUUCCCUUGACAAAAUAGGCGCGACCGAGUCUCCAAAAGACACCAUGAAAGAAGACGCCAACGAGGAGGGAGAGAGUGAGGUGGAAGCGUCCCCAAAGGAGAACAGGGGAGCGGAAAUCAACAUUUUGGAAAGGGAAAACCCAACUGACCUCAGUGAUGCCCUUAACUUUAUCAGUCUCAUUGCCAAGAGAGCUGCUGAGGAGCUGGAAGAGGAAGAGGAGGAGGAAAUGAUGUCAAGUGACGAUGACGCCCUUAACUUCAUUAGGCUGGUUGCCAAGAGAGCCGCUGAAGAGGAGGAGGCAGUUGAAGGAGGGAAGUCAGUCGACGAGGAUUCCUUUUUGUUUACCGACCUGCCCAAAAUCUUGGGGCCCUUGCUGAAAGCGUUUUCUAGCGCGCCAGAAAACUCUGAUGCUCCCUCACCGGAUGACUUCUUUUCUUGGUUUCCUGACCUGAAGAAACUUCUGGAGGAUCCCAAGCCGACUGACAGGAGAUCUUAUCUGCCUACUUCUCCACAGCCACCCUUACAAAUAGCCCCCGCCUCUCCCCAGCCCACUGGAUCUGAAGUCCUUCGAGAAGUGUCAGCCUCUACUGCCCAACCAACCAUACCCGAACCUCCUCAGACGAGCCAGGCUUCUCUCCCAGGUGUCCCAGACUCAGAAGAGAGAUUUUAUUAAGCAGGCACAGCCAAACAGUCCUCACCUUUUUGGAGAAUGAGGAAAGCCAAAAGGGAAGGCUGGCAGGGAGUCUCCUUCCCCCAACCUCCUAUUUCUCCUUAAGAUCACCUCUAUUUCUUAUUAUUAACAAGGUAUAAAAAGUAAGCACAAUAUAUGCUUUUAAAAACACACAGUUUUUUCGUUUGGCAAUUUAAUACUGCAGCUAUCCAAGAGCUACACAAAGGUGUGUUGUAGUUAGGGAUCGGAGGAGAAGUUCAAUUUGGUUUGCAUUUGAAUUGGAGCCUGCCUAAUUCGCACAUCCCAAAUCUGCGCGUGAACAGAAACGCUGCCUUAUCUUAGUGGGCAGACUUAUCUAUCCCUAACUGUACUUGGGCAUAAUGAAUCAACUCUGCUUUGUUUCCUUAAGUACAGCCCAGCCUCCAGAUUCCACCCCUCCCCCCAUCUUCAUUAAGCUAGGAAUCUGCUGCAGGCUUGUACAAAGGGCACUGCCAAAGAGUUGUAUAUCACCUUGCUUAAUAAACCUGUUUGGUUACUAGUA